AUGGACGCUGAACAGCCCUCUGGGACUCGCAAUCCGGAGUCCACAACUCUAUACAAGAUAUUACACUGGGAUAAGUUCUUCGAGUCGGAAGCGCCACCCAGAUUGGGAAUGGAGGUUGGCCAACGAUUGCCAUUAACUGCCCUGUCCGCAUUCUCUGCCGGCCUGGCCAUCGGUGCGACUCAUGGAAGCAAGAAGGCUGCGUAUCGUUUCCGCGCCGAGAACGCUCAUCGCUUUCCCACGACGCCGACCGGAUGGUUUCAGUACCACAAAACCAAGAACUACAUAUCUAUAGUUGGGGGCGUCAAAGAGGGCAUGAAGAUGGGAUUCAAAUUAGGCGCCGGCGCGCUGGCGUUCUGUCUCUUUGAGGAAACAGUUGACUAUGCUCGUCACGACCAGAGAGACUUCAUAUCCACCGUUACGGCUGGCUUGUCUUUUUCUGGGAUCUACAGUCUAUUAGCUCGGCACGAUGUGUACACUGCGGCACGAACAACCAAGUUGGGCCUGAAAUUGAGUCUCGUGUAUGGUUUGAUGCAGGAUGCGCUCGAAAGUUUGAAGGGCAACCGACCUGCUUAUAUUGAUUUCAUCCUCGGUCGGCGGUCCAAAGUCGAAUGA